AUGAGUUUAAAUGUGAUGUCAAUAGUUGUGACCAAAGUUAUAGAAAUGAGUAAAAGUAAGUCGACUACCGGGCCAAAGGGCACACCAUUUACGUGUGCUUUCUGUUGGAAAGCGUUUGAUAACCGCAAGAAUAUGUAUGAAAUGAACCCUGAAAAGCGCAAACCAUUACGCAUAUGGUUAGGGAUGAUCAUAAUAUGCUUUAUGGUGGUGACCUGGUUCACUUUUGUGUUCGCAAUCGCCAAGAAGUAUGAGAAGCCGUCCGACUUUGAGUUCUUGACGGACUAG